UUGAAAAGAUAGAAGUCAAACUGCUCGUGAACCACUUCAGAAUCGAGUUUGGAGGAUCAACUAUCUUUUGCUAUGGUAUCGAGCUCGGCCAAGAUUCUUCUGAGGCUUCAGGAAGAUUGCAGCUUUCCCUGUCAGAUCGGAGGUUCGCAAUGGCUAAACUCUUGGAGAUACUUGCGCGGCCUCCAUAUUCAUUAGCUGCUGCCUCUGAUGGCAAGGGCCAUCUGUUUACCUUUGCCAAACUGCCACAAAGUGUAUAUCCAGUGGAAGUCCGGUCACGGACCUACAAUGCAUCAGCAGUGCUCAAGCCGGACCUGCAGCUGAGGCUACCCCUUCGGCCGCCUGUGACUAAAGGGAUCUUGCCGGCUCUUGAUGCCAUUGUGCGUGAGGCCUCUAGCUCAGGCAAGAUUAUCAUCGGUCAGACAUUUUAUUCACAGCAGCAGCGUCCUAAGAUCAGCUCUCAUGGGGCCUUUACUACCGAAGCUCUGGAAGGAACCAUGCAGACCCUAAAAGCCACCGAGCAAGGGCUGGUGCUAUGUGUGGACUAUUCAGUUAUGGAGUUUUGCCGAGAUGGAAGCAAAGUUCUGGAUCUUGUUAAGCACUUGGUGAAGCGGUUUGACACUGAUAUUCCCUUUGACAUGGAAACAGCUCUAGACCAGAAGCAACGGAAAUAUUUGGAGAGCAAGCUGAAAGGCCUCUGUAUCACAGUGAAUUACCUGAAGAAGUCCUCCAAAGGGAAAGACAAUGGGACCAGAAUUCGGAAGUACAAGGUUCAAGGUUUGACAGCUCAGCCUGCGCAACUUAUCACAUUCCAGGACUUUGAUUCAGGGGAGCCUCUUAAGCUCGUUGAGCAUUAUGGUAAGGAGCAUGGAGUAGCCAUUCGGUAUAAGAUGCUUCCAUGCUUGGAUUUGAGCACGAAACAUGGCAGACCAAAUUAUAUCCCGAUUGAGCUCUGUAGUCUUCAUCAACGGCAGAAGUAUCCCAAGGACAAUACGCUCAAGGGUUCCAACCUGAAGCCAAGGGACAAGCCACCCGAAUCAAAUGCCCGGAAAGAUAUGAUUCUGGAUAUGGUAAAACCUCCAGAAGGGCCUUGCAGUGGUAGCAGAGGCGAGCAAUUUAACAUUACAUUGAACAGAGAGAUGACAGAAGUCACGGGUACUAUUCUUGCUCCCCCCACCCUUACACUCGGCUCCUCCAAUGGCCGCUGCAAGUACGAUAUCAGGAAGAAAAACUGCCAGUGGAACCUCAUGAAUUGGAUGAAACUGGUAGACGGCAAAGUACUGAAGUGCUGGGGCAUUCUCGACUUCAGUGCAACGCCAUCUCACUCUGGCCAGGAAAGGCUUCAUGGAAACAAGUUCAUUGAGAAUAUCGUCAACAAGUGUGUUCACCUUGGUAUUCAGAUGCAAAGAGAAGGCUGUUUUGUGCGUUGUUCAGCAAUGUCGGUACUGUCUGAUCCGGGCAAACUACGUGAGGAGCUUAUCCAGGUGAAGAAGGAUGCCGAGGAGCACACGCAGAAGAAGCUACAACUCCUCUUCUGCCCGAUGUCUGAGCAGCACCGUGGGUACAAGGUACUGAAGAUGAUCUGCGAGACAGAGCUGGGGAUCCAAACCCAGUGUCUGUUGAGCCACCUCGCAAACAAAGGCGAUGGCCAGGACCAGUACUUGUCCAACCUUGUCCUCAAGAUCAACAUCAAGCUCGGGGGAAGCAACAUGCAGCUAUCUGACCAGCUUCCAAAGGUGACUGGCUCACGUUUCAUGUUCAUCGGUGCGGACGUGAACCACCCGCCUCCAGGAGACACGGAGAGUCUGUCGAUAGCAGCUGUUGUGGCGUCCAUGGAUUGCCCUAGCGCCAGCCAGUACGUGCCGAGAAUCCGUGCCCAGAAGGGCGGCAAGGAGGAGAUCGUUAACCUCGGUACCAUGUGUAAGGAGCUCAUCCAAGUCUACAAGGAGAGGAACGACGGCUUCAAGCCAGACAAGAUCAUUUACUUCCGAGACGGCGUGAGCGACGAGCAGUUCCGUACGGUCCUCGACAAGGAGCUAGUGUCGAUGAAGGAGGGCAUCUGCGAGGACGGCUACUCGCCGACGAUCACAGUGAUCGUGGCCAAGAAGCGGCACCACACGCGGUUGUUCCCCAACGACAGAAAGGAGCUGCGGACGGAUAACGGCAAUGUGCUCCCUGGCACGGUCGUCGACACCACCGUGGUCGACGGGUCGCACGAUGACUUCUUCCUGUGCAGCCACGACGGGCUGCACGGGACGAGCCGGCCGACGCACUACUACAUGCUGAAGGACGAUCACGGCUUCGAGCGCGUGGACCUGCACAAGCUGGUGUACAGCAUGUGCUUCAUGUUCGCUCGCUGCACCAAGCCGGUGUCGCUGACGGCGCCCAUCAAGUACGCCGACACCGUGGCCUACCGCGGCAGGGACUACUACGACAACAGGAUGGUGUCCCAGCGGCCUCCGUCCGGGCCGUCAUCGUCGGCCUCCGUCCCCGCGGGUGCUCCCCUGUUCUUGGAUAUGCCCGAGGUGCAUGCGGAUCUCAAGGACAGCAUGUUCUUCAUCUGAUGCCGCCUGAUUUUCAGCAUGGUGAGCUCCAACCCUGCGUUCUGCUUCUUGUGUGCGCCUUCUUGCUGUGUAUGGUGAAGGCCUUUGGCUGGCGCUUCUGUUACAUAUUUGCUGUGUUCUGUACAUGCUCGUCAAACUGACUUACAGCUUUGCUGUGUUCUGUACAUGCUCGCCAAAUUGGCUCUUACAGCUCUGCUGUGUUCUGUACAUGCUCGCCAAAUUGGCUUGUUUCAAACUUGUUCUGCACACAUUCUGUUACUGAUUACUGUAAAUCAACCAAGAACUAGUUUCAGUCUUUCUUCUUUUUUGCUUUAUCAUAUUUCAUAUUCCGGCAGAUGUUCGAUGUGAGAUUUCCAACAUGUUGA